GUUGGGCCGUGGGGCUGGGGCUGCGCGCCGCCGCGGGAGGACUGAGCGCGGUCCGGCCCGGGCACCGGCACCUAAGUGCUCCGCCCUUCUCCUGGCGGCCCAGGUCCGGUCCGGGCCUGUGUGUGCGCCUCGGGGUCCGUCGGGGCUGAGGUGCGGCCGCUUCCCGGGUACUUCUGGGCUGAGGCGCAGGGCCUCGGGAGGGCUGCGAAGAGCUGCGUGUUCUGUUUCUCCUGCUCCCUGAUGUUUUCAGCAACGGAUGGGCCAGGGAAUAAAAAAGGGAGCCCCGUGUUCCGCUCCGUACAACAAUGACCUGUGAUCCGACUGUCGUUUUCCUCGUGUGGGAAAGGGUGGGCCUGGAGGUUUGAAAGUCUUGCUCGGCAUUUUUGGUGCGUGUGACGGCUCGCAAUCUUCAUGUGCGUAGCUGGAUCAAAGCCCUGCUCGGCAUCGCGUUCCCCGCUGCAGUUCCCCACAGAGACGCGUGAAAACCAGUGGCUUACUUCUGAAGUCUUUUUCUGGGGCAAGGUGUACGGCCCAGCAGAUCUGGAGAAAAACAAAAAUACUCUCAGGUACCAGCCUUCCUGCUGAGCGUUUGAAGUCUGACUCUUGUACUUGACGGGGCACUAGGCAGUCUCCCUCAUCAGCCUGGCUUCCUGCUGUACCUGAACUUUUAAGCAUCUGUUCUGUCCCCCCUCAGCUAUGUUCCCCAGCCUGGAAGAGGGCCUUCAUAAUGUCAAUAUUGAAGUCACACAUAGGGCUUAUAAACACCACACUUCUGCCCAUUUUCAAAUGUCUGCUUAAUUAUUUUCAGGAUUCCAAUUCUUGAAAAAAUUUAGAAGUGUGGGAUUUUUGUUUUAAAGGUUAGUUUAUUAUGCUUCUGAAGAAAAACCUUUCCAAAUGUGAGCCAUAUGGGGAUCUUUUUGUUGUUCCUUUUUUUUUUUUUUCCCUGUAAUGUAGGCAUUCUAGGAUAACAAGUACAUGAUAUGUCAUGUUUUCUGAAAUGUUAAUACUGAGUUUCAGUGAUUUCAGUUGAAUGGACUGUUGUAGUACUGUUGGAUUAUACUACUACUGUACUACUAUUAGUUUUCGUGGCAAUAGCAAGGUAAAUUCUUGUAAUUUUUUUAGACCGUAAGAAGUUAAUUUAUUUGUAGUUUCUUUCAAUAGCUGCUAAUGUUGCGAAUAAGGCUUUGAAACCCCUACCCAUGGAACUUUGCCUUUAUCUGGACUCAAAACUCCUUGCCAGCAGAUUUUAAGACCUAAAGGAAGAUGUCCUUUUUCCCUAAAAUUGCUUUCCUAUAUGAAGUUGAGGAGUAUCUCACCAAAGUGUUCAGAAAUAAUGAGCUUAUCACUGCUUUAGGUACACAGGAGGCAGAGAAUAAAUACCAAUCUCUGUUAAGUCAUCUAUCUCAUCCACCAGCUUUCACAACCGUAAGAGUAAAUACCCACUUGGCCUCAGUGAAACAUGUGAAAAAGUUGCUGUUUGAAGAAAUCCAGAAGGAGCCAAGACCUUUCUGUGAUGCAUUGUUAGUUGACAGAGUUCUGCUGGCUGGAAUGCAGUUUAAAGGACUAAGUGUUCCAGUUCUCGAGCACCCAAAACUUCAGGACAUUUUAUUAAUUCCUGUUAUUGGACCCAGGCGAGAUUUAAAAAAAUAUUCAUCUGAAGUCAUAGUUGGAGCCCAGUGUGGAUAUGCAGUACUUCGAGGAGCACACGUUUAUGUCCCUGGAAUUGUGUCCACCUCAAGAUUUGUGAAAGCAGGAGAUCUGGUUUCAGUGUAUUCAGAUAUUGAAGGGAAGUGCAAGAGAGGAGCCAAAGAAUUUGAUGGAGUCAAAGUUUUCCUUGGAAACGGGAUUUCAGAACUCAGUCGCAGUGAAAUCUUCAGUUCAAGUUGCCCACUGAAGGGGCUGGGUGUAAGAAUGACAGAGCCAGUCUACCUCAGUCCUUCAUUUGACAAUGUGCUCCCUAGUCAUUUGUUUUUACAGAAUUUACCUUCUGUGGUUGUGAGCCAUGUUUUAAACCCUCAGCCAGGGGAGAGAAUUUUGGAUAUGUGUGCUGCACCUGGAGGAAAAACAACCCAUCUUGCAACACUGAUGCAUGACCAGGGUGAAGUAAUAGCCAUGGACAAGAUAGCUAACAAGGUCAAGAAAAUCAAGCAGAAUGCUGAAUUGCUACAGUUGAAUUGCAUUAAGGCCUUUUGCUUUGAUGGGAUAAAGGCCCUUUCAGUUGAGAAGAGAGAGGCUAAACAAGAAGGGCCUCCAUUCUUACCAGAGUCAUUUGAUCGAAUUCUUCUUGAUGCUCCAUGUAGUGGGAUGGGACAGAGACCAAACAUGGCUUAUUCCUCAACUUUAAAGGAAGUGACCUCGUACCAGCCACUCCAGCGCAAGCUUUUCACUGUGGCAGUAAAGCUGCUGAAGCCAGGAGGUGUUUUAGUAUAUAGUACAUGUACAAUUACACUUUCUGAAAAUGAGGAGCAAGUUGCUUGGGCCCUGAAAACUUUUCCAUGCCUCCAGCUUCAUCCACAGGAACCUCACAUUGGAGGAGAAGGCAUGAAGGGAGCUGGACUAUCACUUGAUCAGUUGAAGCUGCUGCAGAGAUUUGAUCCAUCUGCUAUGACAUUGCAAGGAAUGGAUAUUAAUUCUUUGCAAGAUUCUAGAGAAGAUGACCUGAUUUCAUUGGCAAAUAAGGACUGUAUAGGAUUUUUCAUUGCAAAAUUUAUUAAAUUGAACAGUAAAUAAGGACUUGGGAAUGCAACCUGAAAAAAUACCUCAGUGAGUCUAAGAACAGUUCAGACGUGAAGUGCCUUUCUUUCUUCCUGCUGCAAUGUUACCAAGCCAACGGGCUGACGGCAGGGUUGCUAUGGCAGCACUAAAAUCUGCCAGCUGUUCUGAUGGGAAAGAGCCACAGGUUGCAGCAGAAAAGUCAUGGUUGGGGGAAGGGUAGUAUCAUUUCUAACUCCCCUUCUGCUUUUGUAUUUACAGCAGGUCAGUGCCUGAAUGACAACUCCGUUCACUCAUACUGCUGUCUGCUCUGGUUUCCCCUUAUCUGCGGCAAGCGUGGGAAGGGGAUGCAAGCUACGAAAUGCAAACAUAAAUAAAAUAGAUGGAAUUAUUACAAUGAAUUUUGGAAAGGGUCGUUUCUGUGGAGGUUUACCAAUAGUUAGUUUCCUUAAAUAGUUCUUCUCAAAACACUGCAAUAUUUUACAAAGAACUGUUUUAUAAAUUGAUACUUAGAACCUCAUUUCUCUUUUAUUUUAAUACAAGCAAGAUUCUCUGUACACAUAGUAUAUACACAAAAUACGAUUAGGCUUUGUAGCAUGUCUUUUAUAGCAGCAUGAAUAUAUUAAACCAUCUCACUCUGGGAAUGUAAAUAAAUAUUGUUUCAACAUCAAACUUCCCAUGCAUAAACUGUAUUGGUUCUGAAAUAGCCUAUUGGACUGGCUGACAAGUGACAGUUUUAAAAUCAAACAUUUGUAACAGAAGGGGCUACAGUUAUGAUUAAUAUAUCAAAAGACAGAAAACAAUGCAUAAUACCAUCUUAAAUGCUGCAAAUCACCUUUCAAACAACUAAGGAUAUUAACUCUUUAUUGGUUAGAAAGCAUCACCAGCUAAAAUCAUGUGAAAAUUGAAACUGGGGAAGCAUGCUAAUGGAAACUGCUUUAGUACAUUGCUCAAAGUUUAAAUAACCUAAAUUUCUUAAAGAUGGUAGAUGUAUUUGAAGAUUCUGCUUCAGUUCCAGUUUGAACAAUAUUCUCAGUCCUUCUGGAACUGACAAUAGCACUAAAAUUAGAAGGAAAGCUAAGGACAAUGGAAAAAUAGAAACUGACAUCUGUGUGUGUUUGGUGUUUUCCCCUCACUCAUCAAUUUCCAGUUUUAAAAAGGAUUAUCUGAAAAAUAUCUGUCUUUUCACAUGUAACUAUUUGAUUGGAUUAAAAAGAGAAAUAGUUAUUUUAUCAUUUUUCUUUCUACUAUCAGCAGUGCUUUUAGUAUUUGCUCACAAUCAAAAUAAUCUAUUCUCGGUAGUUUUUUUACUUAUAUUUUCCAUUAUGUUUUGAUACCGUAUGUUUUCUACUGCUCUUGAAUAAAAACCAGAUGUUUCUUCUGUCCUGCCAAGGUUGACUAGUGCAAGUACUAGUACAAGUCUAGCAAGUAUAGUAAGGCCUAUACUAGCAGGACAGGAAAAUGGAAUUCUUGUCUACUACUUCUCUACUUCUGUAGGUCAUUCCUUGCCAUUAAACACACCUUGUCUAAAGAAGAUUUAAAGUAAUUUUGUUUCAUCAGUAGUAGGUGAGAUAUCCUAUUUAGUAUCAUGAAAGUUCAUACUAUAAUCUUUAUAGUCUAAAUAUGGUGAAAAUAAUUACCUGGGAACAAAAGGUAUUAAUCCUUUACUGUAAGAACAUGUUGAAAUCUUUAACUCAGUGCUAGUAAAAAAGCGUUUUCUUUUUUGUAGAAUAUAGAAAUUUUGUAAACAUUAAUCAGCACACAUAAACUAUAUACUGAAGUUUGUGUAUUCAUAUAAAGUUAGGAACUUUACCUCCAGUUUCAGUAGCAGGAUUUGUGCAAUGCUGAAUUUGAAAGAAUUAAGAUUGCUGAAUUUUUAGUGGAAUAUUUGUUGAAACUUCCUCCACUUUCUUUAAUUUUGGAUGAUAGGCUUUUUAAGGAGGUGACCUCACUUGAUAUUAUUGGAGAAGGUUCUUGGGGGUGGGAAGACAACGUAACUAAUUUGUAGUUAAUUCCAGUGUCAUUGCAGAGCAGACUUCACCUGAAAAAAAUUACUGAUAUAUAACUUUAGCUAUUAGGGUUGUUUCUGUAAAUUCAAAUGCUAGCCUUUGAAGAGCACUCAGCAUAUCGAAGGGAUUGGCCUCAGCUGCUUCCCCGAGGGCCCUGUCUCUGUUGGUAAUGAGGGAGUGACUUCUCCAUCAGGCAGGUCAGAACAGAAACUCAAUAAAGAUGCUCCAUCCUUUGAAGGAGCCAGCAUCCUUUCUCUCACCACAGGUGUGGCUAAGUUAGAUGACUAAAGUUGGAUGGAUGCCCUUUUUCUUUUCCAAUCUUACCGUGACUUUAACUAGAAGCGGUAGGAAUACUUUCUCAUUGGCACAGUUCUGAUGGAUGGAGUACAUAUGUUUAAAACAUAUCAUACGGUUACUUUUCUGAUAAUCUUUACCCACUGAAUCAUUGUGCUUCACCAGUUGAUGCUGAAGCACAAUGGAAUAUAUUUAUAUAUAUUUUAUAUAUAUAUAUAUAUGUGAUAUUUAUAUAUUAAAUUUAAAAAGUUAUUGUCAUUAUAAUGAAAGAUUAAACCUACAAAAUAGAUAAUUAGGCAUGCAAUCAGAUCCUGUCAUUAAGAAAGUCUGAAAAGUAGUUUUCUCUAUUUGCAGAAACAGUGAUUAGUAAUAGUGCCAAAUCUAAAUAUCUGUCUUGGUCAGUAUAAAGAUACUAAAAUAGGCAGCCUCAUAUAUUAUGAAAUUAUGAUACAGCUUUUUCUUGUUUCAGUGUCACGGAAUGCACCAAUUUUUUGGAUCACAGGAUUUCAUAGGCUUUUUAAGGAAUAGGCUGGUGAAGGUGAUCAGGAAAUGACUUUAGAAUGGGUAGUUUAAAAUAUAAAGAACCUUGUUUUUGUGUUUGAUUGUUCAUGAAUAAAAAUUUUAUGAGAAAAUCCAAUUUUGUACUGCUAGAAUUCAUUGCAGAGUAGGUAUGCAUGAUAGAUAAAAGUAGCAAGAAUAAAGUAAGAAAUGAGAAUAUGGAUGAGUUAGAAGAACCUGCUUAAUCUCUAUUAUAUCUGAUAUAAAUCUUUUCUGGGGCUGCGUAGGAAUACAUUUCUAGGGUGGUAAGUUAUAAUAAGAAACUGUCUAUAAAACUACUGUAAGCUCAUAUGUAAUAGUUUGUUAUAUAAAAGUGGGGAAAUAAAUUACAGACAAAUUGCCAAGCAAUAAAAUUGAUUAACAUUUGAUUAAAAACAUUCACAGUAAAAAUGGCAUCCACAUAUUUUACAUAUGAUAGAAGAACUAAGAUUUUGGUGAAAGAUCUGCAAUAAGAUAAUAAAUAAAAGUAAAUGUACACCAGAAAUGUUAUAUUACACUCUGAAAAAUAAUUUCUCUGUUUAGACUUUGUAGUCAAGUUUUUUGCACUGUGCUCGAUUUUAUGGAUGGAACAGAAUUAAAGUCAAAAACUUUUGGAAAA